UUAAAAGUGGGAGGGUUGCGCCAGCCAGCGCCAGAAGAGGCUCGCCAGGGGAGCUGUCUGCGCUACGCGUGGUGCUGAAAAGUGCCACCCGCCCACCGUCAUGUGGUCAGUCUUCUUUGUCUUCCUGUCCUACCUGGACAGAAACGUGGCCAGGGGCGACUUCCCGAGCCGCGCUUCGGACGUGGACAAGGAGAUCAAGGAGAUGUUCUCCAUGGUCAACGGCACCUUCUGCGCAAAGAUGUCCCCGCUGGGGGGGAACGUCCUCUACCAGGUGUCGGACGGAUCCGAGGUGGUCCGCACUGUGGUGAGCCCCGGCGGGCAACCGGUGACCUGCUCGGUGGUCGUGAACCGGACGGAGGUGAAGUCCUUCGCGCACGAGUGCAACCUGGGGCUGGAGGAGCGGAGCGGAACCAACCGGCGGCCGGAGGAGGAAGAAGGAGAGGAGGGGGAGGAGGAGGCGCGUUUUGCGCGCAUGGAUGAAGCCAGGCUGGCGUGCCGGGAGUUUGAGGAGAGUAGGGCGCACGGCGGCGGAGAGAGUGAGCAGAGGAAGGUUCUGAGGAGAUCCAAGAGGGGCUUCACCUACCCGGGGACCCUUUGGUGCGGAGCCGGGAACAUGGCGGAUAACUACAACCAGCUGGGAGACUUUGCAGACACGGACAGCUGCUGCAGGACCCACGACCACUGCCCCCACGUCAUCCACGCCUUCUCCUCAAACUAUGGAUACACCAACUUCAAGUGGCACUCCAUCUGCCACUGUGACUGCGAUGAGGAGUUGAAAGCUUGUCUGAGACAAGUCAACGACACUUCCUCCAGGGUUGUGGGUCAGGCGUUUUUCAACGUCAUCGGUGUGCCCUGCUUUGACUUCGCCUACGAGGAACAGUGCGCUGAGCGGCACUGGUACGGCCUGUGCAAACGAUACGACAAGUUCCCCAUCGCCGUGCUGAGAGAAGCAGUGCCAUACGACUACGGCGGUAUUGACGUCAUAGACGAGCUGACGGUGGCGCCACGCAAGCGGGAGGAAUCCAAGCAGAGCGAAGAGGAAGAGCAGCGGGAGAGUCCCACUCAAAGCACGAUAUCGGAGCCGUCGCUAAGGAACGUCGUUACCGCCGCCGAGGACUUCAUCAAGGUGCUCGCCACCGUCUCCACGUCUCAAAGCUCCAACGCAGACUCCGACAAGGAGGAGGCGCAAACCUCGGAGAAGAAGAAGAGGAAGAACACCGGGGCGAAGAAGAAAGCAAACCGAAAGCAUAAAAAGAAAGGGAAGGGCAGGAAGAGGAAGCAGAAAACGGAGACGGGUGUGAAAGCAGAGGAAGGAGCUGCAGGAAGCAAGGCAGAAGACAUCUUCUUGUCUUUGAGCAACUUCAUCAGCGAGCCCAACAAACGUGACCAGUCAAGGAUUAAUGCAAACAGGGUUGAUGACAGGGAAUUUGAGCUUAGAAGGACAGGCGAGCCCUCCAAUGACGUCAUGAAAGAUGAGCCUGCCUCGGGUAAGGAGACGGUUUCCAUUACAUCAUCCCCUCUGAAGAUCCAGAAAAUGCCAGAUGAGUCAAUUGAGAGGAUGAAAGAGGAAGUCCCUUCCUCAGAAAACCUGACGACUCUUAGUACGCCACAGAAAGUAAAAACCAGAGGACAAAAACAGGGUGGGAGAAAGAGGGGCAAGAAAACUUCACCUCCUUCUUCUGAACACCGUAGAUUAAACUCCGUAGACUCUGUUCCAACGAUUAUUCUGCCAACUGCAGAACCGGAGCAACGUAGCUCCACUACUACAAGCACUGCCAGUGUUCGUAUUGUAGCCCCCAAAGUGCAAAGGAGCAGGUCAAAGGAGAGAGGAGACAAGGAGAGGAGAAAGAAAAGAAAGAAAGUCAGCUCAGACGCUCUGAUUGUGCCCUCUGACCCUCGGGAUUCCUCUCCAGAGAGUCGGACAGCGUUCCCUCUCACCGGGUCUACCACCUCUGCACCAGCCCCAUGCACAGAGCUGCAGCUUUUAAGGGCGCCAUUUUACAGACCGGACAGUCAGGUUACGGCUCUCAGCCCCAACUUUUCUGCCUCAAAGAGGCGAAGGUCAAAAGAGAGAGUGCAGAGAAACAGAAGGAGGAAAACAGCCAUCCUUCUCUCCGGUGAAAACCUAUUUUCCCACAGCGGCCCUGAAAAUGCCAACCUUGUUCCCACAUCUCCUCACAUCCUGGUUGGUCGGCCGGGUUUCGCGAGCAUCCCUGCGCUGCAAGACACAGAAGCUCAGGAUGAAUUGAGGCUCUUGACAACGGCCGCCCCCACAGUGAGUACAAAUCUCAACGUGCUUCUGAGGAAACGGCAGAAAUCCGACCAGGAACAAAACGAACCAGAGACACUUCCAACUUCGCCAAUCAAGGUCAGAUCCCAAAAGUCCUGGACGACCACGUCUGCAGCUCCAUCCAUGAGUCCGCUUCAGUUCUCUAUUGAGAGGGCGAGAGCACAGUUCAACAGGAAGAAAAGGAGGAAGACAGUGCAGUUGCGUCGACAGCAAUAGGCCCCUGUGUUUCUGGCGUAGCUGGACUUAGUCUAGAGGUCAUGUUUCAUUAUACUGCUUAAAAGAAUGAAAUCAUACAAUCACUGAUUGUACCUCGAGAAUCAUGUUUUUCAAUAUUUUUACCCGUAUGUCAGUAAUAAAAUUUAUAAAAUAU